ACUGAAUUGGAAGUUCUAUUUAAUGAAAUAUAUUUACGUUUUUUGGAUAUGAGUAACGCGACAUAUCUGCAAAAACAUUUAGUAUUGCAAGGUCUUAUGAAGAUAUGUCAAAAAUCCCAAAUUCUUUUAGAUAUUUAUUUAAAUUAUGAUUGUGAUAUUGCAAUGGUUAGUGUAUUCGAGCGCAUUGUCACUUCAUUAUCAAAAGUUGCUCAAUUACGUACAAAAGUUCCAAGUAGUUCUGGUAUGUCAAGUUUAAUAGGUGGUGGUUCUGCAACUGCAGAAUUGGUGGCUAUGCAAGACAAAGUACUGAAAAUUAAAGGUUUAAAAUGUAUGGUUGCUAUUGUAAAUUCUUUAAUUGAAUGGUGUAAAGAUUUGGAACGAAGAAAUGGUAAUGAAUCUUCUCCAUCACAACAAUCAUCGCAAAAUCAAACACCGGAUUUUAUUGAAGAUAAAACACCAAUUAUUUUCUCAAAAAAUCCUUUAUUAAGUGUCAAUUUUUCAACUUCACACUCUAAUUCAAGUGUUAGUAGUAUUUGUACUGAUGAUAAUGAAGAUAAUCCUGCACAAUAUCAUGAAAUGAUGUCACGAAAGCAAACUUUACGAGAAGGAAUUAAAUUGUUCAAUGCGAAGCCGCAGAAAGGUCUUAAUUUCUUAAUUGAACACGGCUUUGUAAAGAACGAUACUGAUAGUAUAAUAGCCUUCCUCUUGUCGACUGCAGGAUUAAAUAAAGUGUCUAUUGGUGAAUAUUUAGGAGAAGGUGACCAAGAAUCGAUCAAAGUUAUGCACGCAUUUGUUGAUCGUAUGGACUUUGCGGGUUUAGGAUUUGUCGAUGCUUUAAGGUCGUUUUUACAAACUUUUCGACUUCCAGGCGAAGCACAAAAGAUUGAUCGUAUCAUGGAAAAAUUCGCAGAUCGUUAUUGUGAAACUAACCCAGACGUUUUUGCAAACGCUGAUACUGCUUAUAUUCUCGCUUAUUCUGCAAUUAUCUUAAACACAGAUCAACAUUCUGCCAAAGUAAAGCGCCGCAUGGAUAAGAACGAGUUCAUAAGGAAUAAUCGUGGUAUAAACAAUAACAACGAUCUUCCUGAUGAAUUCUUGGGAGAAAUAUUUGAUGACAUUGCAAAUCAUGAGAUCGUGAUGGAAGAAGAACAGUUCUCAGAGGUGGCAAAAACUGCGAUCAGUCAUGCUAAUGAUCGAGAACGUCAAGAAUUGUAUGAACGCGAAAUAUCUCAGAUGCAAAAAAAGAGUCAAGCACUUUUAAAAAGUAAUAGGCAAGGUCAAACUCCUGCUGCUUGGCGAAAUGCAUCACACUCAGAUCACGUUAAACCGAUGUUUGCUGUAGUUUGCUGGCCUUUAAUGGCUACUCUCAGUCUUGUAUUUGAGGAGGCAGAUAAUCCUUUAUCGAAUGCCAACAAAGGUCUUGAUUUUUUCCAAUUAAAUCAAGAAGCAAUCGAACUAUGUCUUGAAGGAUUUCUUGGAGCUAUCCGAAUAAGCAGUAUAUUUCGUAUGGAUGUAGAACGUGAUGCUUUUGUUUCCUCUUUGGCCAAACUAACUGGUUUAAAUCAUGUCGAUGAGAUGAGACAGAAAAAUGUAGCUGCCAUUAGAACAUUGCUUUCUGCUGCCAAUUCAUAUGGUGAAGGAUUGCAAUCUUCAUGGCUUAUAGUAUUGAAAACUGUGUCUACAAUGGAACGUUAUCAAUUAAUCGACAGUUCUGCAGGAUCGGUUGUUUACAAUGCGGAAGGGGUUAAUGGGUUGGAUUAUUCUACACCAAAUGGUCGUAACGAAACAUCUACUUCAAAUCUUUCAUUAAAUUCUUCACCUACAACUCGUCAAAAUACAAAUGUAACACGUAAUAAUUCUAUUGGCGGUUUGAUGAAAGAAUUCCAGUCUCAAAGCACGAUAAUUGCAAUAGAUAGAAUUUUUACAAACAGCGUUAAAUUGAGUGGUGAUGCGAUAGUACACUUUUUUACUGCUCUAUGCGCCGUUUCUCUCGAAGAAGUUAAUUCUUCAAGAUCAUCUCCAAGAAUGUUUAGUCUCCAACGGAUCGUUGAAAUUGCUUAUUAUAACAUGUUACGUAUUCGGUUUGAGUGGGCUCAAAUUUGGAAGAUUCUUCAACCCCAUUUCGUUGCAGUAGGAUGUCAUACAAACCAUAUAGUUGCCACUUUUGCCAUUGAUUCUCUUCGACAAUUGAGUAUGAAAUUUUUAGAAAGAGAUGAAUUGUCACAUUAUAAUACUCAAAGCGAGUUUAUGAAGCCAUUCGAACAAAUUAUCAAGAGCAGUCCUUCCCCAAACAUUCAUGAUCUCAUUAUACAAUCAAUUAUUCAAAUGAUUUCUGCUCGCGCGAGAAAUAUAAAAUCUGGUUGGAAAAGUAUUUUUGUGGUAUUUGGUCGUGCAGCGUCUGAUGAAAAUCCACAAUUAGUAGAAACGACAUUUGAUGUUGUUAGGUUGGUAUAUCAGAAACAUUUGGACCUUAUAGGACCAGCAUUUGUGGAUUUUGUAAAUUGUUUAGUGGAAUUCGCAUUUAACUGUAAAGAAAAAGAAUUUGUCAACGAAUCCAUCAGAAUGUUACAAGGCUGCGUUAAGGUUUUAGUAAAAGACGUGGACAAUUUAACAAAGGGUGAACAGCGGAAAGAGAACAUUAUUAUAUUACCAUCAACAGCUACACCAGAACAAGUUGCAGCUUCCAAGAAGAAAUUGCAGCACAUCGAAGAAGAACAAUUUUUCUUGAAAUGGUUUCCUGUUGUAUCUGGCCUUUCGCGUCUCGUAAUUGAUUCAGGAUCUGAAGAUAUUAGGAAUAAAGCUUUGGAAACACUCAUUGAGAUUUUGAAAUCUACAGGACAUUUAUUUGAAAUAAAUUAUUGGAUCAAAAUUUUUAGGAAUGCUAUAAUCCCUAUAUUUGAAGAUCUCAAAGAACCUACAUCACAACAAUCAUCAACUAUUGAUAGGAGACCUGAGGCAACUAUAGAAAUAUGGGUUCAAACUAUUCGUUCUAUGGUGGAACUUUAUGCACUUUUUCAUGAUAUAUUUGUUACAAAAUCGGAAUUUUUAGUAGAAUUGUUAGAUUUACUGAUUGCUUUAAUUAAACGUAGAAACGAAAAGCUGGGGCAAACUGGGAUCCGUUGUUUCCACAAUCUGAUAUCGAAAAAUGGGUCGAAGUUUGAUAACGUCACGUGGGGAAUUGUUACAACAACAUUAGAAGACAUUUUUAAAUGGACGACUCCAAAUGAACUUUUGGAGUUCGAAAUAACGGCAGUUGAAGUUGGUGACAAUGAAAAGAAUGAUACAAGAAGCAUAAAGAAUGUUCCAGUAGGCGGUGGAACUCCAUUAAUGAAUGUUCCUUCUACUAACGGAAUUAACGAUUCAACAAAUAUACAGAUACCUGAUAAUAGUCCUCCGUCUUUCACGCCUGACCAAAGUAAUUCUAAAACUGAUCUAGAUUUUACAUACACAGUUAUAAAGUGUGGAACUCAACUUAUUGUUAUCCAAACUGUUCAAGACCUUGCAUUUAAUGAUAAAGAACAAGUUAGUUAUCUUGUUCAAAUGCCAGCGGAGUUCCGGAAUAGAUGGUUGAGAUGUCUAUAUAAUUCUUAUAAAUUUGCUCACGAUUUCAAUGCAAAUCAUGAUCUUCGUCGGUCUCUCUUAAAAGCAGGAUAUGUUCAACAAUUACCUAAUCUUACAAAACAAGAAACUUUAUCGUUAUCUGUAUUCCUCUCAAUUCUUUAUGAUCUAUAUCGAACAUUUGGUGAUAGUGAUCAAGAUUUAUUACAACCUUUGGUUGAGGAAUCAACACUUGUACUUCGAAAACUCGUUAAAUUAAUGCACGAACCAUUAUCAAAUCAACAACAGAGAGAAAUGAACAAUUGGUCACCGUUGGUAAUUACAGUUCUAAGAGAAUUGUGCAAGACUAAAUGGAAUUAUGGUCUAAGAAAACAAAUUCCAGAUUUUUAUAGAUUAGUAAUUAAAAUUAUUGGAGUGGAUAGAGUUGAUGUUAGAGUUGCUAUUCAAGAAUUUUUGGAAAAAAUUGGGGAUGAAUUCUUAAAC